AAAUAAUAAAAAUUUCCGAUUUCUAAUCGGUUCUCCACCGUGGUCGCCGCCUUUCUGAGCCGGGAGGCGUUCGAAGUCUUCUUCUCCUUCAACCUCGUCUUCGUCUAUCUCGCUCUUGCUCGCAUUUGCGUUCAUUCGCUGCUAUGGUUUACAUCGAUUCUUGGGAUGAUUUCGUGGAGCGAUCUGUACAAAUAUUCCGCGACGAUCCCCAUUCUACUCGGUAUGUGAUGAAGUAUCGACACUGCGACGGGAAGCUGGUUCUUAAGGUUACUGACAAUCGGGUGUGCGUAAAAUUUAAAACCGAGCAGGCCCAAGACGUAAAGAAGAUGGAAAAACUCAACAAUAUCUUUUUCACUCUCAUGGUCCGAGGCCCAGAUGUGGACAUAGCAGAGGUUACAGGCAAGGAACCUGCUGAGCAACAAGUUUCCAAGAAAGGAAGAGGAAGGAGACAGUGAUAAGAGGCCUCCACUAGCAUUGGUACGGGUGCGGCUCAUCUUCUUCAAUUUCUUGUGAGGUAUAAUGUCGCUUUGAUAUUUCUUCACUUCAUGGAAUUGAGUUUUAAUAAUUGAGAAAUUUAUGGCAUAUAUUUUCUAUCAUAUGUACAUUUAAGUUUGAUUUUGAAUUUAGGAAGCUUAGCACUGUUUGAAUAUUUAUGCUUUGGGAGAUUUACAUCAAACCCCUCAAUUUUUAUGCAUUUCUGUAUCUAAUAUUCAAACU